GGCUCUGUCUCCAUCUAAUGGCCGCGGGCUGGCGCGUUCGGAGCGGCUGAGGUAGUGUGUGGGGGAAAAGGGGGGAAACAAAUACAACAAAACCCGAUACCCCCCCUCCGUCACUGACAGGAAAAAGAAAAUACACCGAGGAAGAAGAGAAACAAACAGGAGGCGUUGAAGGGGGAAAAAAAACCAUCUGAAGGAACGGGUCGGGCCUGAAGUCGGAGUCAGAGCCGGGGAAAGGUGGUGGGGGGGGGGAGGAGGAAGAAGCCGCCGCCUCCGGAGCCGAAGCCGCGGAGCCCGGGCUGAGAGAGAGGUCGAUGCUACUGAUCGGGGCCGAGGAGCUGUAGAAAUCAGUGUGACCAAGUGGAGGCAAUAAAGCACAAGUGUAGUUCAGGAAAAUGAGUGAGUUGGAUCAGUUACGUCAGGAAGCCGAGCAACUGAAGAAUCAGAUCCGAGAUGCCAGGAAAGCAUGUGCCGAUGCCACUCUGGCCCAGAUCACAGCUAACAUCGAUCCAGUAGGUCGAAUUCAGAUGCGUACCAGGCGAACACUACGAGGCCACCUUGCUAAGAUUUAUGCAAUGCACUGGGGUACUGACUCCAGACUGCUAGUGAGUGCCUCCCAGGAUGGAAAAUUGAUCAUCUGGGAUAGCUAUACCACAAACAAAGUGCAUGCCAUUCCUCUCCGGUCUUCCUGGGUCAUGACCUGUGCAUAUGCUCCAUCUGGUAACUACGUUGCUUGUGGUGGUUUGGACAACAUCUGUUCCAUAUAUAAUCUGAAAACCCGUGAAGGAAAUGUCCGUGUGAGUCGUGAAUUGGCAGGGCAUACAGGUUAUUUGUCCUGUUGCCGCUUCCUGGAUGAUAAUCAAAUUGUAACCAGUUCAGGAGACACCACUUGUGCUCUUUGGGACAUUGAAACUGGGCAGCAAACAACUACAUUCACUGGCCAUACUGGUGAUGUCAUGAGCCUUUCUCUUGGUCCUGAUACAAGGCUUUUUGUUUCUGGUGCUUGUGAUGCCUCUGGCAAACUUUGGGACAUUCGAGAUGGCAUGUGCCGACAGACUUUCACUGGACAUGAGUCUGACAUCAAUGCCAUUUGUUUCUUCCCUAAUGGCAAUGCAUUUGCAACUGGCUCUGAUGAUGCCACCUGCAGGCUGUUUGAUGUGCGUGCUGAUCAGGAGUUGAUGGUGUAUUCCCAUGAUAACAUCAUUUGUGGCAUUACAUCUGUAGCAUUCUCAAAGAGUGGCCGUCUCCUGCUAGCUGGCUAUGAUGAUUUCAACUGCAAUGUCUGGGAUACUCUGAAAGCUGACCGUGCUGGUGUUCUGGCUGGCCACGAUAACCGUGUCAGUUGCCUGGGUGUUACUGAUGAUGGCAUGGCAGUUGCAACAGGAUCAUGGGACAGCUUUUUGAAGAUUUGGAACUAAACUUUAGAUUGCAGAUGGACUCCAUGGUGACUGGAAGACCAUUCUACAUUCAAUGACAUUGCAUAUCCGAUCCACUGAUACUGACUUGGACACCCCCAACUUCAAAGGGCAAAAUGUACUUUUAACCUUUGCUAUAAUGAAGAGCACAAUGUUAGGCAUCUUUAAAUGGAAGAUUCUGUGGUAUAAAAAUGAGAUUGCGCAUUCCUUUUGGGACCAUUAUUUUGUUUCUGUCUUGAGAAAACACUAUCAUCCCACAAAAUGUAACUAUAAAAGAAUCCUGGUAAUCAUGAAUAAACAGCUAAUUUUCUCAGUAGUUUAAAAUUUUAGAACCGUGAAGGUUUGCUGUCAGUUAAGGGUUGAAAGCUGUGUUUUAACACGCAUCUCAAUUUUUAAGUUGUGUUUUUAGCUAAGGAAUUUGCUGGUAUGAAAUUUUUCUGCUAAACAAGGGAGUCCUAGACCAGCAUCGUCCUGGUUUGUCAAUGACUGUAAAUCAGUCCCAGAGCUAUCUUCUUUUUGGUCUUGUCCUGUGUCACGGACCUUUUGUUGCACAAAUAUUGCAUUUAAAAUGUGUUGAAACUAAACUAACCAAGCACACCGUCCUGGUAAUGAAUGCUUGUUUUUAAACUGUAAUUUUCUCCCCUUCACCGUGUGGAUAACAUAGAAAUUAAAACUCCCCAAUGAAUUUUACGCUGGUGGGUUUCUCCGUAAAGUUGCUCUGGGCCAAUUCUGCCCGAACUUGCUGGAGAAUCCUGCUUAUAGCAGCCGCAGAUGUCCUGUGCUUGGAUUUGGUCAAUGUGUGUAUCAAAUGAUGUAAGUCAAUGUUGAAAAUAAUGAUCUUGAGGUUUCUAAGUUAAUUUUUUUGGGAGUUUUUUUGUUUUUCCUUUUGCCAUGGGAGGGUUUACUCUUAUAGAAGCAUGCUGUAGAAUUGCAAAAAGUGCUUAUGGAAUUAAGUCAGUAGAUGUUCUUUUAAGACACCUGUUAAAUUGUAACCAUUGCAGCUGUAAUCAUGGCUACUCUGUGCAUAAUCAAUGAAGAAUUAAAAGGCUAUGCACUUUCUGGAGUAGCACACUCAACAAACUUGGCCUGUUCAAAUGAUCUUCACCUUGAAUGAUUCUUAAAGAAACCAUCCUGUUUAUACAUUAAAAAUUGAAAUUCUUUAUGUAGAAAGCUUAAUGUUAGAAUCAUUUUCUAGAACAGGUUUCUGGCUUUCUGAUUUUGCUGAGAUGAACAGCAAAGGUUUUCUGCACCAUAACUUCACUGUAAACAGAAGUGCUCUUGACUAGCAUUAGUGGCUUUCUCAUUCUGUUUCUGCAAACCUGUACAGAUGUGCUGUAAUUGUGUGUAGGCCUGGACUGGCAACCCUUUCCAUUAAUUCUGUAGGUCUUUCCUCACUCCUUUUCCUUUUGCCUUUUGUAUUUAAUUUUGAAGUCAGUGUACUACAAGAAAGCUGGAUGCAAGAUAGAUAACUAUAUUAAAAUGUACUGUUAUUUAAGAUGUAAUAAAGCAGUUUGACAUGA